CUGAUAUUAACCCAGCAUUACGCGUAACAGUCAACAUCAGAUUGUAUAACCAUGACUAAAGAGCUGAGCUUCGAUAUCCGGUUCGACAGUGUCCCGGCUCAUGAGGAGUAUGGCGAUGGGAAGGAUCUUGCAGAGAGAGUCCGCGAAAUAUAUAAAGGCAAAAACCUCCAGAUCCCAGAUGAUUUCGACUCGACUUUGACUACGCCGCCUGUUCAUUUCAUGCAGGUGUUCGCGCCUGACGACGUCGACAUCAAGGAGCUGAAAAAGGUGACUGUUCCGCGUGGGCUGGACAUCGACAUUAUGGAAUACCUGUAUUAGAAUGUACAUAUAUCAAACCUGUUAUUAUUAUUUAUCAUUAGUUAUCGGUAAAGCCAACUCUACGGUGUACUCCAAAGUGGUGAGGUCAUACCCGCCCUAUCCGA